ACCCUCUAAGCAAAAAAAACAACUUUUUUUAACGUGUCGGGGAAAAGGGAGAGAAAGAAUGGCUACGAGUUCUUCGGCAUCAAUGGCAAUGGCGGAGAAGAUUUCGUGGUACUCCGCCGUGUUCGCGGCAGUGAUGCUGGUGAUGAACUGCUGCGACGUGGCGGAGAUCGAGACCGUUGAUUUUCCCGACCAGACUCGAUCACGGCCGUUGAUGGAGGCGGGGAGUUCUUCUUCUUCUCGACCGUGCGACGAGAUCUACGUGGUGAAAGAAGGAGAGACGUUGCAAACGAUAAGUGAGAAGUGUGGAGAUCCGUAUAUCGUGGAAGAGAACCCUCAUAUCCAUGACCCUGAUGAUGUUUUUCCCGGUUUGGUUAUCAAGAUUACAUCAUUUAAACCCAAACUUCACUAGUUCAACCAAUGAAACGAGGGCGCAAAACGUAGAUUUUACCUUGAAUUCGAAUCUCAAGUUUAGAAAGGGAAUGCAUAAUCUAAAUCAUAUGACUGACUCCCGUCUCCGGAUUAGUUUGAGUCUUGAGUUUUAGACAUCGUGUGUAAAUGGUUUAGUUCAUGUUUGAUUCAAGGGCUUUUAAUUUGUGGUUUUAGGGUUGUCUUUUUUUAUAAAAAAAAAUCGGAAAAAGAUCCGUAUUUUUCUUUUGAAUGUCUUGAAAAACAAAAACAAAGGAACUCCAGUUCCAUAAUUUACAUGCAUGUAUGAUGUA